GAAUUUAUGACGUCAAAAUAACACUGGGCAAGUGAAAAAUGGCGACAACAGGGAAAGAAGGUUCUGCUCUUGAAUACGAGGAAUACAUAGAGCAGCACGGGAUUCAGGCUGUCCUGAAGGAAGCAGUAGCCAAACUAUGUCAAGAGAGACCCGCCAAUCCUUACAGAUACUUGAGGGACUACUUUGAAUCUCUUGAUAAAUUUCAGACCAGUGGGCUCAAACUUGCUCCUGCAAUUGUCACAACUCCAGAAAUAAGUCAAGAGCCGCCUCUGCCUCAAAAUGUUGCUUUUAAGAGAAGAAUGGCAGUCAGUGGUUCUGUCAUGACAGAGGAACAGGCUACAAGCUAUGUCAAAAAAGUCAUACCAAAAGAUUACAAGACAACAUCAGCCCUUGAGAAAGCUAUCGCAAAGAAUAUCCUUUUUUCACACUUGGACGAAAAUGAGAGAAGUGAUAUUUUUGAUGCAAUGUUCAUGGCCAAAUUUGAUGCUGGGGACACCGUUAUAAAUCAAGGUGAUGAAGGAGACAAUUUCUAUGUCAUUGACUCAGGAGAAGUUGAAAUAUACGUUGAUAAUAAAUUUUUGGGAACGAUUGGUGAAACAGGAAGCUUUGGUGAAUUGGCACUGAUAUAUGGGACACCAAGGGCAGCCACGAUAAAGGCUAAAACUGACACUAAGUUAUGGGCCAUUGACAGAGAUACCUACAGAAGAAUCUUAAUGGGGAGCACUAUUAGAAAAAGGAAACUCUAUGAUACUUUCCUUGAGAAGGUUUCAAUAUUAGAGAACCUUGAUAAGUGGGAGAGGAUGACAGUAGCAGAUGCACUGGAAGCUUGUAGGUUUGAGGAUGGACAGCACGUUGUGACUCAGGGAGAACCAGGAGAAGACUUUUACAUCAUCGUUGAGGGUAAAGCUGUGGUAUUGCAGAGAAAGACAGAAGAUGGUGAGUAUAUUGAAGUUGGACAACUUGGACCUUCAGAUUACUUUGGUGAGAUUGCAUUGCUGUUAAAAAGACCAAGAGCUGCUACAGUGAGGGCCAAAGGAAGCCUUAAAUGUGUCAAGUUGGAUAGAGCUCGUUUUGAGCGUGUCCUUGGACCGUGUCAAGACAUAUUGAAGCGUAACAUUGCCCAGUACAACAGCUUUGUACAGCUGGUCGUCUAACAGAAGGAGGAGUCUCCACACCUACUCUUGUUAUUGGAUUCACUCACUUUCGCCUCCUUUAUCUCUCUCAAAUUUAUUAUUAAUAACAACACUAAUAUAGAAUUAACAGUACAAUGAAAUUAAUCUUUAUAAUGUUAUUAUUAAGUUUAACUACCAUACAUUGUAUUCGUCCUUGUAUUUUGUGUCAUUUAAUUACAAA